GGAGAGCACGCUCAAGGCCUUCGAGGCUAUUAGGAGGUGUGUGCCAGAGUUCGCGGAGGGGAAGGGUAAAGGUAUGUUUUCAACUUUUUAAUUCCUGAGUUUUCUUUUUCAUGUGAUCUAUAUUUGCCACUUCUUGUUCUGGUUCUUGAGGUUUGACGAUGUGGAGAUGUGAAGAUGGGAGGUACGGAGUGCAUUAGCUAUGAGGACGGUUUAGUCCUAUCGUGAUUUUGUCUUCCUUUCUCUUCUUUUCAGAUUUAACGUGAGAGAAACCACAGACCUGGACGUCCUAGAAAUCGGCUGCGGGACAGGCCUCCUAUCCUUCCACCUCGCGCCGCACGUGCGAUCGCUCGUGGGCGUCGACACGGCGCAAGGCAUGCUCGACGCCUUCGACCAGAAGAUCGCGGCGCUGGAGCACCCGGAGACCGCGAACCUCGCCUCCGUAAACGUGCUGCUCAAGUCGGCGGACGACUUCCAUCUGCAGGGCGCGUGUGCGGCGCUCGCGAGCCGGAGGGGCGAGAAGGACCACAAUGCGGCGCAUCGGUUCGAUCUCAUCGUCUCGCACCUGACGUUGCAUCAUAUCGAGGACAUGGGAGAGUUGUUUAGGACGAUGUUUGGGUGUUUGAAACAUGGCGGCCGGAUUGCGUUGACGGAUUAUGAGGAUUUUGGACCGGAGGCGGUGCCGUUUCAUCCGAUUGCUAAGAGGCCUGGGGUGGAGAGGCAUGGGAUCAAGAAGAGUGAGGCCGAGGAGAUCAUUGAUGGUGUUGGGUUCAAUGAGGUUAACGUUGAGGUGGCAUAUGUGCUGAGGAAGGAGGUUGAGGCCGAGGAUGGAAAGCCGGCGAGGGAGAUGGACUUCCCGUUCUUGAUAUGUUGUGGACAGCGUAGUUGAGGUAUCAUGGUUUUGUUUCUUUUUCCAGUUCUUUCGUCGCCCUCUACAGGUCUUUCAUGAGGUCUGAUACGGCCUUCGCGGCAAAUCGUUUGCGCUCCGCUUCAGGCAUACCUUCGCCCAUUUCUUUGAUAGCAACCAUCUUCCUCAUCAUGUUCUCCAGUUCCUCCACCUGACCCUCCUCGUCUCCAUCUUCCUCACCAUCGUCAUCAUCAAAAUGCCUACUAGCAUCCAACGCACUCCUCAACCCAAAGAACUCCCUCCCCAUCUCCGACUCCUCAGCAUCGAACCCCUCCUCCCCAUCAAAACUCAACAAUCC